CGGGCCCCCGAGGGGAUGCGAGACACGACAGCAGAUGUCCGGGCGCCGCCGGCUGGGGGGCCGGCGGGGCCGAGCGCGGAGCGGGGUCCCCCGCGGGCGGUGCCCCCGGCCCGGGGGAGCAGGAGCGGAGCCGCAGGACCGCCCGGGGAUGCCCCGCUCCCCCGCGGGAGGCAGCGCCGCCUCCGCCCCGCCGCAGCGGAGCCGCAGGCGCGGGGCCCCGGCGGGGAGGGGUUUCGCGGCCCCAGCCGGGGGCGGACGGGCGGCGGGGCCGUGUGUCCUGCCCUGCCGGGGAGGGCCCUGCGCAGCGCCGCCGCCGCUGCUCCCGCUCCGCGCACAAUGGCGACUCCCAGCCCCAGCGGCGGCUCCGGGGGGAGCGGGAGCGGGCCCGGGCCGGGCGCCGCCGGCAGCAGCAGCAGCAGCAGCAUGCAGGGUAAACGCAAAGCGCUGAAGUUAAAUUUUGCAAAUCCACCUUUCAAGUCCACAGCAAGAUUUACUCUAAAUACUUCUGGAGUUCCUUUCCAAAAUCCACACAUUGACACACAAGCAACCCCGGGUAGUAAUCACAUUGUCCCGUUCAGUUUCAAAAGGAGAGAAGCGGACCUCAUCCAGAAACUUUCCAGCAGGCUACAAGAGAGACUGAGAACACACAGCAUUGAAUCAUCAGGAAAAUUGAAGAUUUCCCCUGAGCAACAUUGGGAUUUUACAGCAGAGGACUUGAAAGACCUUGGAGAAAUUGGACGAGGCGCUUAUGGUUCUGUCAACAAAAUGGUCCACAAACCAAGUGGGCAAAUUAUGGCAGUUAAAAGAAUUCGGUCGACAGUGGAUGAGAAGGAGCAGAAGCAGCUUCUGAUGGACCUUGAUGUAGUGAUGAGAAGCAGUGACUGCCCGUAUAUUGUUCAGUUUUAUGGCGCGCUCUUCAGAGAGGGUGACUGUUGGAUCUGUAUGGAGCUCAUGUCUACCUCGUUUGAUAAGUUUUACAAAUAUGUAUAUAGUGUAUUAGAUGAUGUUAUUCCAGAAGAAAUCUUAGGCAAAAUCACUUUAGCUACUGUGAAAGCACUAAACCACUUAAAAGAAAACUUGAAAAUCAUUCACAGAGACAUCAAACCUUCCAAUAUUCUUCUGGACAGAAAUGGGAAUAUUAAACUCUGUGACUUUGGCAUUAGCGGACAGCUCGUGGACUCCAUUGCCAAAACGCGGGAUGCAGGGUGCCGGCCGUACAUGGCGCCGGAGCGGAUAGAUCCCAGCGCCUCGCGGCAAGGCUACGACGUGCGCUCCGACGUCUGGAGCUUGGGCAUCACAUUGUACGAGCUGGCCACGGGGCGAUUCCCCUACCCCAAGUGGAACAGUGUGUUUGACCAGUUGACACAAGUAGUGAAAGGAGACCCACCACAGCUGAGUAACUCAGAGGAAAGGGAGUUUUCCCCAAGCUUCAUCAACUUCGUCAACUUGUGCCUUACAAAGGACGAGUCCAAAAGGCCAAAGUACAAAGAGCUUCUGAAACAUCCCUUCAUCCUGAUGUAUGAGGAACGCACAGUGGAUGUUGCAUGCUAUGUUUGUAAAAUCCUGGAUCAAAUGCCAGCAACUCCCAGCUCUCCAAUGUACGUGGAUUGAUACUGCUGCUACAUCAAACUCUAGAAAAAGGGCUGAGAGAAAACAAGCUGUAAAGAAUUUUCAUCACAUAAUUGCAGUGUUUUUAAUGCUCGCCCAGACACCAUGUGCAAUAAUAUUGGUGUUAUUUCCAUCCUGUCUGUAUACUGUUGUCACAUAUAAAGUGCAUCCCUGUAAUACCUGAUCACACAGUGUUAGUGUUGGUCACAGAGAGACCUCAUCUUGCUCUUUUGUGGACAUAUUCAUGAAAUGUGGAAAUAAGUACAUAUAUUUGUUGACUGUGAUUGGAUAGCACCUAAAAUUCAUUUCUAGACUCAAAACUUGGAGACUCCUCAGCAGCUACUGGAAAGAUUUUUCUCUCAAACUCUUCCGAUUGUUGUUUCAAGUAAUAAUAAAAAGCAAACAAACAAAAGUUAGGCGUUGUCUGUCUGAACCUUAAGAGACUGCCUGGAGGGAGAAGAACUUGCUUAACCAACGAGAUGCUUUGCCUUCUGGAGCUGGAAAGGCAAAGGAGAAUUUUAUUCUUCACAAAGUGCAAUAGAUUUACUGCUAUGAAAUUCUGUUGCUUUACAGUCGCAGUGUACUUUCUGGGGACAGUGUGCUCAGCUGAACUUCCUGUUAAAGAGAGAUCAUGUUAAAUAUAGUGAAUAUGUCUUUACCAAAAAUAUGUUGCGUUGAAAGAGGCUAACAUUAAACUAUUGAGAUGGGACAUAAUGUAUUCUUCCUCCUUUUACCAAGCCAGCCACUCUUCACUCUUAACUAGGUGUCCUGUAAAUUGUUACCUGGUAAGAUAAGACCUUUGACCUGAAGAAUUAUUAAACUACUUGAUUGAAUUUAACCUGCUUGUUGACCUGGUUUAUAGUGCACAGUGCUCACCACCCACUGGCUUUGCUUUGCCUUCACCCAGUGCCAUCCACAGAGGCUGCAGCUGCUUGAAUGGGCCACCAGCUGCUGGCUGUGAGUCCUGGCCAGUGUUUCUCGUGUUCCUGCUGUCCCCAGCCCUGCUGCUUGCACCUGUGGCACGGCCCAGCCCUCCCAGCCCCACGUCCCUGAGCUCCUGAGUCCCACUCCAAAGCUGAGCUCUUCCUUCUCGCUGCUGCAGGCAGGAUGGAGGGGUGGCCCUGUGCCCACCACACCCUGCUCAGCUUGCUGGAGACACUUCACCACACCUGGAGACCUGGAGAACCUCCUCUGGGACCUCCACGGCUCCUCGUGCUGCACCCCGGGCAAAGCUCUCUGAGAUUGUGGGGUGCAGAAGGAGAUGAGGUGGAGAUGAAGGAGCAUCCAACUCCUCUCAGCUGGCCCAGCAAGGCCAGGCAAGCUGUCAUCUUCUGGUGCACUCCUAAGCGAAACAGCACAUCAGGUUUUUCUGUCUGCUUAAUUGACGUAUUUUCAAAGAUUAAUUUUUCUCAAAAGCUUUUUUUUUUUCCCCAAAUAUUGCAGUUCUAGGUGUUUAGUAGCACACCAGGGAUAAAACACAGGCUGCAGGGUCUCUGCUUUCCGUUCUGAGCUGAUUUAGGUGCUUGGUAGGACUUCAUCAGUGUUAGAGCAGCCUCUCGUCAGAGCUCAGCAGCAAGCCUGGACGCAGAGGGGAUGAACACACCGUGGUGCUGGCAGGAUCCCCAAGGAAGGGCUCCCCACGUCCACCCAAAGCCACCGUGUGCAGAGCAGCCCGAGGCAGAGCGCUGGGUGAAGACCGAGCAGCACAUCCCAGCUGAGGAGAGCUGAGGCCGUGCCCUGGAUGCAGCUGGUGCCUGCCACGGGGGUGACACGUCCUGGGGCUCCUUGGUCCUGCCCUUCCUGGAUUGUGUUCCUCUUGGGCUGCUCCUCAGGCGAGGCAGAGGUUUCUGCAGUACCUGCUCCUUCUGCACAGCUCUGGUGCCUCCUGCGCAGAGAUCAGUCAGACCAUGCCUGUCCAAAGCAGCCCUUGUGUCCCCACCUCCAGAGCCUUUCUCAGGCAAAUCCCCGUGGAGCUGUGAUUCCUCCCUGCAGCCUUCAGCCCCUGGAGCAGGACUGCAGGUGCUCCAAGUCCCCAGGGGUGAGGCUGUGGGGGCUGAAGGGACCCAGGCCCAGGAAGGGCAGCCCCACCUGGGGCUUCACCCUCCCUUUGGUGUCAAAGUCUGACUCCUCCUGGCAGCAGGGAGCCCAAAAACCUCUCAGAGGGCCAGCACUGAGACAGAACCUCCCAGACCACACAGGACUGCCUUGCUCUGCCCUGUUGGGAUGGCUGGAUCUGUGCUCUGGUGCUGCCCCAUCUCCAGCCCAGGACCAGCUUGCUGGGAAUGGAAAUGCAAAGCUUUGAGCUGCCAGUGACAGGAGUGAGGUGCUGCUGCCUGGGUGGCUGUACAGGACAGGUUUAGCCUAUUCAACAUAGAUUAUUAUAAAUGAUUAAGGGUGCACCAUUUAUUGCAAUGUAUCUAUUAAAGAAAAAAAAAGAAAAAAAAGGUGUAUAGUGUUCAGAAGCUGUGAAAAUAGUGUAAGAACUGUACAUUGUGAAUUCUGGUUAUUAUUUUUCUUUUCUUGUACCAUAGAAAAACUGUAUAAAAAUAUCAAAAAGCUGAUGUGCAGGGAUGUUGCCUUAUUGUCUGUAAAAUGAAGCUCAGGAACACAACUGCUUCAAAGAGCUUCCGAAGAUUUUAUCCGGUCUCCUGGUUUGACUUCCUCCUCUAUUUAAGCUAUUAUACAUGGAUCAGAGUGUUUAUGUAAUAGUUCUAUCCUUUUGCCUGCAGGUCAGUUGUAAUAAAACUAAGAUGCGACUGUGA